UCAGUUCAGCUAUCCCCUCACCCUCCUUUCUAUAUAAUCAAUUCUACACUCCUAUUUUGAACCAGACACUAAAAUCCCAUCAGUCAAGAAAUAAACCAUGGCAACGAAUGAAGUCAAAGUUUUGGGUUCCUGGCCGAGUCCAUAUGCGAUGAGGCCAAGGAUUGCCCUUAACCUCAAAUCCCUCACUUACGAAUACAUUGAAGAGAAGUUAUGGGAAGGCAAAAGCGAGCUUCUUCUCCAAUCAAACCCUGUUUACAAGAAAAUCCCAGUCCUCAUUCACGGCGAUAACAAGCCAAUCUGCGAAUCUCUCAUCAUCGUACAAUACAUCGACGAGGCUUGGUCUUCCGGUCCUUCUAUUCUUCCUUCUGAUCCCUGUGAACGUGCUGUCGCUCGGUUUUGGGCUGCAUAUCUUGACGACAAGUGGUUCCCAGCGGUGAAAAGUAUAGGAGUCGCUAAAGGAGAGGAAGCAAAGAAAGCAGCAAUAGCGCAAGUGGAAGAAGGGUUGGCUUUGAUGGAAGAAGCAUACGACAAGUGCAGCAAAGGGAAGGGCUACUUUGGUGGGGAUGAAGUUGGGUACCUUGAUAUAGCUUUUGGGAGCUUCUUGGGAUGGCUUAGAGUGACGGAGAAGUUCAAUGCGAUGAAGCUGCUGGACGAGGGGAAGACGCCUGGUCUGGUAAAAUGGGCGGACAGGUUCUGUUCCCAUGCCGCUGUGAAGGAUGUUAUGCCUGAUACUGACAAGCUUGCGGAGUUUGGUAAGUUUGUUAUUGCCAAAAUAAGAGCCGCUGGCGCUGCUGCUGAAAUGCAUUAGAACAAAAACUAGCACAUCUUGGAUGGAACUAAUGAAUAUAUUAUCUCUGUUUCUUCACUUUGUGAUGAUGAACAAAGAGAUAUAUAUAUAUAUAUACCAGUGUUGAAGUUUUUUAAUAAACCCUUUUCUUUGGCUAUUGGAUAAA